AGCCGUGCCUGCAGGCUAGGAGUUUCUGGCGGUGAGGCUGUGUUGAUGGCUUUAAAGGCAUUUUUUCCCCCUAAUUCAGCUGUGAUUUCCCCUCAAAGAUCAUCUGAGAAAGAAAUCUAGAGGAAGAAGUGAGAGAAGAAAUGGCUGGUUCUCAGGGACUGGUGACCUUCAGGGAUGUGGCCAUAGAAUUCUGUGAGGAGGAGUGGGGAUGCCUGACCCGCAGCCAGCGGGAACUGUACAGGGAUGUGAUGUUUGAGAACUACGGACACCUCCUCUUCUUGGGUCUUAUUGUGUCAAAGCCAGACCUGGUCAUCUUUCUGGAACAAAAGAAGGACGUCUGGGAUGUGAGGAGAAAGGAGACAGAAGCCUCAUGUCCAGCUAUAUUUUCACUUGGCACCCAGACAUUCCUGCCAAAGUCAUGCCAAGAAUCUUCUUUCCAAAAAGUGUCUGUGAGUAGAUAUAAACAUAGUUCCCUUGAGAAUGGACACUUAAUGGCAGACUGGAACAAGGAUGGGGAGAGUGAAGACCAUCAAAGACAUCUGGGGACUCCCAUUCCGGAGAAUGAUUAUGAAUGUAAUAAAAAUGGGGAGGUCUUUGAUCAAAGCACGAAUCUUAUUACACACGAGAGUAUCCCUAAUGGAGAGAAUCCUUACAAAUAUAACAAAUGUGGGGAAAUUCUUAACCAGUCCUCCCAUGUUGGUGAUCAUCAGAGGACUCAUAUGGGAAAAAACCAUAACCUAUGCAAUAAACCUGGGAACAUGUUUGGUGAUUCAUCAAAACUAAAUAUACCUAAGACAGUUGAUACUGGAGAGAAAAGGUUUAUAGGUAACAAAUGUGUCAAAGCCUUUGACCACCAGCAAAUGGAUAAUGGACAGAAACCUUACAACAGUGAAGAAUGUGGCAAGACUUUCCAUUGUGCUCAACACUUACUCACAUGAAGUAACUCACACUGGAGAGAAGCCGUACGAAUGGAAGGAAUGUGGCAAUGUCCUUAACCAGCUCUCAACCCUUACAGAAGACCACAGGAUUCAUACUGGAGAGAAACUUUACCAAUGUAAAGAAUGUGGCAAGGCCUUUAACAAGCUCUCAGUCCUUAGUAGACAUCACAAAAUUCAUACUCAAGAGAAACUUUACCAGUGUAAAGAAAGUGGCAAGGCAUUUCACUGGUCCUCAGACCUUAUUCCACAUCACAGAAUCCAUACUGGAGAGAAACCUUACCAAUGUAAAGCAUGUGGCAAGGCCUUUAUGUACCUCUCAACCUUUACAGAACAUCAUAGAACUCAUACUGGAGUCAAACCUUACAAAUGUAAAGAAUGUGACAUAACCUUUUACCGCCAGUCAAGCCUUACUGGACAUCAGAGAAUUCAUACUGGGGAGAAACCUUACCAAUGUAAGGAAUGUGGUAAGGCCUUUAGGUUCCUCUCAACUUUUACAGAUCAUCGCAAAACUCAUACUGGAGCGCCACCUUACAAAUGUGACGGAUGUGGCAAAACUUUUUACCGCCACAGAAGCCUUACUGAAUAUCAUCGUAUCCAUACUGGAGAGAAACCUUACCAAUGUAAAGAAUGUGGCAAGGCCUUUCCCUGGCGCUCAGCCUUUAGUAAACAUAACAAAAUCCAUGCUGGAGAGAAACCUUACCAAUGUAAAGCAUGUGGCAAGGCCUUUACGUACCUCUCAACCUUUACAGAUCAUCACAGAACUCAUACUGGAGUCAAACCUUACAAAUGUAAAGAAUGUGGCAAAACCUUUUACCGCCAGUCAAGCCUUACUGGACAUCAGAGAAUUCAUACUGGGGAGAAACCUUACCAAUGUAAGGAAUGUGGUAAGGCCUUUAGGUUCCUCUCAACUUUUACAGAUCAUCGCAAAACUCAUACUGGAGCGCCACCUUACCAAUGUGACGAAUGUGGCAAAACUUUUUACCGCUACAAAAGCCUUACUGAACACCAUCAUAUCCAUACUGGAGAGAAACCUUACCAAUGUAAAGAAUGUGGCAAGUCCUUUACCCACCGUUCAAACCUUACUGAACAGCACAGAAUCCAUACUGGAGAGAAACCUUACCAAUGUAAAGAAUGUGGCAAGUCCUUUCAAGGGCACUCACACCUUACGCGACAUCAGAGAAUUCAUACUGGAGAGAAACCUUACAAAUGUAAAGACUGUGGCAAGGCCUUUAACCAGCACGCAUCCCUGAUUCAACAUCUCAGGAUUCAUACUGGAGAGAAACCUUACAUUUUAAAGAAUGUGGCAAGGCCUUUAGGUACUUCUCAACCCUAACUGAACAUCAGAGAAUUCAUACUGGAGAGAGACCUUACAAAUGUAAAGAAUGUGGAAAGGCCUUUAACUGGCACUCCUCCCUGAGUGAGCAUCACAGAACUCAUGCUGGAGAUGGACCUUACCAAUAUAAAGAAUAUGAGAAAACCUUUAAUUACUUUUCAAACUUUACUUAAUAACACAGAAUUAAUACUAGAGAUAAUCUAAAUAUUAAGACAAUGACAGAAUUUGUAAGGACUCCUCAACUCUUAUUCCACAUCAGAUAACUCAUACUGGAGAGUAAUGAUACUCAUGUGGGAAUGUGGCAAGACCUUAAAGCAGUGCUACACCCUGAUAUCUCAUCAGAAAGUAUAUACUGGAGAUGAUUUCAUAAAUCGAAUUUGGCAAGCCCUUUAAUCAGUACUCAAGCCUCAUUCAACAUCACAGAACUCCUACUACAGAGAAAACUUAGAAAUAAUGUGGUAAAACACUCAGACUGUUAAAGCCUUACUCAUGAUCACAGUUUCUGUGGAGAAACAUUCCAAAUGUAAUGAAUGUGGCAAGUGUCUGGCUGGAAUUCACAACUUCCUCAACAUGACAGUUAUUAUUCAAACUGUAUGGGCACAUGGGUGGCUUAGUCGGUUGAGUGUCCGGCUUUGGCUCUGGUCAUGAUCCCUUGA